AUCAUGGAGGACGCACCGACGAUCGCGCUCGAUUCCACAGUGAGAAGUCUAAAUUCAAGUUAUUCGAAGGAAUCGAAAGAUUCGAUGAAUUCGGAAUCAAAGCCGGAGAGUUGUCUAGAAUCGAAACAUUCGAAAGAUGUUCUUAUCUCAGAGAAACAACAGCGGCAGCAUCAACAUCCAAAGGGCGCAUCCGAAAAUCGGCAGGAUCUGCAGGCAAUUUCUGAAACGAAGGAUGACUCUAAUCUACUCAUGUUCACGUCCUGCGGACAAUUGUUGCUCGGCAUCAUUCUAGUCGUUUUUGGGAUUCUGGCGCUCGUCCAUGGCGCUUCCUUGGGUGGUUCUGGUGCAGGGCUCUGGGCAGGUGCAGGUGCUUUAGUGGCCGGUGCACUAGGAGUAGUUGCAACGUUAGCAACGUCUUCCACCAAAACAAAUUCCGCUUUCGCAUCCGCUCAUCUUGCGUCUAGCCUGAUUGCCCUUGCUCUUUCAAACAUGGCCGCUAUAACGGCCUUGACAGCAGUCGUCAGGGACUCGCAGAGGUCAUCGGAAGUGUCCUUUUUCAACCUCUCGAGUGAUGACAGUGACGUGAUGCAAGUAGACAGUGGUUUAGCAGGUCUGCUGGCGAGCAUUGGCUUGCUAGUGGCCAGUGUAGCGGAGCUAUUGGUAUCCGGUUAUAGUUGUUUAACCUUGACACCAAAGUUAUGCGGUUGUCUACGAAAUAACAUUACGGACGAAGCGACGAGUGAUGGUCAUUUGAAGACUCGCAACAUGGUUCAUCAAUGGGUCAUCGCGCAGAAUCAUGUGCCUAUUAAGAACCAGCAGCCACCGAUCUAUAUGGUGCAGCCGAUGCCGAUGUCAAUGCAUCCGAUGAUUCAGCCACCCUACGGUAUGCCACCACCAGCACCAGGAAAGUUUCCGCUUGGAGCAUUUGUACCUGCUGGAUCUCUUUCGAUCGCUACACCGACGACGUACGGUGCCUUACCUAUGUUGUCCCAUAUGCCUCCAUAUGUUGGACGACCGCCAUCUCAAAUGUUGCGGUCAAAACAAAAACGACAACCGCUUGCGGAUCAGGAGGAACUGGAAAUAAAGAGACAAAUUGAGAUUAAGAAUGAAGCUUCGAAGAGAAUGUCAUCGAUUGACGAGAACCAAAUGGAUCUGGCGCAGACUUAUACGGGAUUAGACAAGAGAAUUUCCGAAGAGUUUAUUUCGAUCGCAAUGGAUCCAGAUAGAAAAUCGAAGGCUUCCAGUCAUUAUGGCAGCGAAAUCGGAACUGCAAAAACUUUUUAAUAACUUUUUACAGUAAUAAUUAAGGGCGCUUAAUACAAAAAUGAAAAAGCUUAUAAAAUUUACUUAUAAAAUCUAUUAUACAUACUUUUUUCAUACUUAAAAUAUACAAUAAUACAUUAUAGAUUUACAUCGUUAUCUCUCAUGCAUUGAAUUAUUCAAUUUUGAGUAACAUUCAUUUAUUCAAAACGUGAUGUCUUGUUACAUUUAUCAUCGCAUUGGUUUCUUGAGGCAUUUUCAAAAUACAAUUUUGAAGUGUGAGACAAUUAAGCUGCAAUUAUGUUGUUAAUUAAUAUAAUCUUUAUAUCGUAUAUUUUUGCUAAUGUCUGAAGAAUGCCAAUAUUUGUAACAUAUAUGCAUCAAGUUUUAUCUCAGCAGUAAACGUAUUUAAAUGCGCGAAGAAAGAUUAUUAUGAAUGACCUUAUACUAAUAGAAUUCUAAGACGUCCAUUAUAUUGCUAGUAUAAUUAAAUAAUUUUAUUAUUUCAUGAUUAAUUGUUGUUUGCAUUAUAAAAGUUUCAAAUUUUACACAUGUAAUUUCACACACAUACAAAACCGACAUUGAGAAUAAUUAAUAUAAUUAAAGAGAAUGGCGAGCGCAUGUGUACACAUAUACACAUAUACAUAAAAAAAAUUAUAAUAAUAUAUAGUUUUAUAAAUAGUUGUACACAUUUUUCAGGAUUGUUCUAUCUUUCUUAGAAAGGACGUUUUAAAGUUACCCGAUGAUUACUAUUGCAUGUACUCAACCUUGUUCUGUUACUAUGUAUCAUACUACUGUGUAUCUAUAUUCUUUUAUGCAAAUUAAAAUGUGUUAUUAUAUAUUAUCUAUGCUAUUAUAUAUUAUCUUUAAUUAGUUAAAAUUCUAUUUACUUUUAUGCUAAAAUUUGUUUUUAUGCUAUAAAAGUUCUUGUCUUAUUUGGAAAGGAAAGUUUAAGCUAUAUUAAUUUACUAAGCAUAAAUAUAUAAAUAGGAUAUAUCAUUAUCAUCAUCAUCAUCAUCAUCAUCAUCAUCAUCAUCAUCAUCAUCAUCAUCAUCAUCAUCAUCAUAUAUAUAUAUAUAUAUAUAUAUAUAUAUAUAUAUAUAAAAUUAUUACCUAUAUUUAUUACAAUACUUUAUUACAAUUUAUUUAUUUGAUAUACAUUUCUAAUUAUCUAAAACAUUUUAUAUUUCAAUUUUGAUAAGACACACAGUUUUAUAGUGUAUUUUGAUUUGACUAGUUUAAAAUAUAUAGGCUGUAUUUCGAUAUUUGUUACCAGUACUGAAAAUCUAUAAUUUACAUCACGUAUACUAUAUAUAUAGAUUUUUUAGUACUGACAGUGAAUAUUGGAAUAUAGUCAUAAUAAUGAUUUUUUUUCCAAAUGAUUUAGACUUCUAAAUUAAUUUAAUUAUAGUUUGUAUAUAUAUAUAUAUAUAUAUAUAUAUAUAUAUAUACGUAUGUAUAUGCACGCGCGCGCGCGUGUGCUUGUUGCGUAUGUGUAAUUUUUGUUAUACAUUAAUACAAAAUAAAUUUUUAUCUGAAACUAA